AUGGCAUCAGUACUCGCAAUAGGCGUCGGCGUCGCAGCCGCAGCAUUCUUCGGCCGCGCUGGCCUAGUCGCAUUACGAAGAGCACGAGGUGGCGGAACAGCACUCGGGAAAUCCUACUACAAAGGCGGCUUCGAAAAGACGAUGAACCGAAAAGAGGCAGCUUUGAUCUUGGAGACAUCAGAACGAGGCAUAACGAAAGAAAUGAUUCGAAAGAAGCACCGGCAAAUGAUGUUGUUAAACCACCCGGAUCGAGGAGGAAGUCCAUAUCUGGCUACAAAGAUCAACGAGGCGAAAGAGUUGCUGGAGAAGACGGGAUGA